AUGAAAGCUCAGCUCCCCACAGUCCUCACCCUCCUGUCGCCGGGUCUUUUACAGGUGGCCGCCACCUUCGCUGUGUUGGGAGUGGCAUUUCACUUAAGCAUCCGAAAAAUCGAAAUUGAUUACCGACUUUGGCACCUGUCAGCAGUAUAUCUCUUUGUCUGGGCUACUCUGGUGGGAAUCUAUGUGAAGCUAUUCGAUCUGAGCUGGCUGCUUGCCCUUACAACGGCUUGUUUUGCUGGCCUGUGCUUCAACGUCUCUCUAGCCGCUAGUAUCGCAGCUUAUCGACUGUUCUUUCACCGGCUGCGAAAUUUCCCCGGACCCUGGGGCGCGAAACUAAGCCGGGUUUAUGCCGUGAAGCUUGCAUCGAAAAAUCUUCAGUAUCACCUUGAGCUGCAAAACCUGCACAAGAAGUAUGGUGAUUUUGUCCGCACAGGCCCGCGCGAGAUUUCCAUCAUUCGCCCAUCGGCUGUCCAGGCCAUUAAUGGUCCCAAGUCCGCUUGUAUGAGGUCAACUUGGUACAGUCAGGUCUCAGAUGAUGUGACCAUAAUUUCACUGAAUUCCACCCGAGAUGUUGACGUUCAUCGCCGUCGCCGGCGGGCGUGGGAUCGCGGUUUCAGUGUAAAAGCGAUAUCCACCUACGCUCCGAGGGUCAGAUCUAAAGUCGACGUGUUUAUAAACCAGCUACGUACGCGUACGGGCGAGCCAGUAAACAUCACGGAAUGGUCUAUGUUUCUAACGUUCGAUGUGAUGGGCGCUAUCGGAUUUGGGAAGGAUUUCAAACAGCUUGAAGAAGCAAAGGAACACGGAGCGAUUAAAGGAUUGCAUGAGCAAAUGGCGAUAUUAGGGCUGUUGGCUCACCUGCCGUGGUUUUUGUCCCUACUGGCCUCACUUCCCGGGUUAACUGGAAGCUAUGGCACAUUUACCGAAUAUUGUCACGACCAGGUGAAGGAAAGAAUUACUAAAUGGGAACAAAUGAAAUCCCAAGAUCCCACUGAUGUCAUCUCUUGGCUGAUCAAGGCUUUGAAAGAGAAAGACUCAUCUGCACCGCCCGGUGAAGUGGCUCUACAAGAGGAUGGCCGUCUUUUGAUUAUAGCAGGAAGUGAUACAACGGGUGCAACUUUGGCAAAUGCGCUUUAUUUCCUCACGGCCAAUCCAUCCGUUUUCAAAGAACUUCAAACACAACUCGACGGUCUUUUCUCCGAAAUCGGUGAAGGGUUUACUUACGACCAGGUGCGCGAUAUCCCAUACCUGGAAGCUAUCAUCAACGAGACGCUCCGACUCAAACCAGCUGUGCCCAGCGGCCAGCAACGUGUAACGCCUCCUGGCGGUCUUCAAAUCGACGAGGUGUGGAUUCCCGAGGAUGUCAAUGUUGUUGUUCCACAGUACACUAUUCAGAGAGACAAUAGGAACUUUCCCGAAGGCGAGAAGUUUCUCCCUGAGAGAUGGCUGGUUGAAAAUAAGGGGAAAAUGAUCUUGAAUGAACAAGCAUACUUCCCGUUCCAGCUUGGCCAAUACUCAUGUGUUGGCAAGCAACUUGCUCUCAUGGAGCUCCGCUUGGCAAUUGUACUCUUUGCUCUGAAUUUUGACGUGGUCCUUGCUCCUGGGGAGGAUGGCGUAAAAUUCGAUCAAGGGGCUCAGGAUACCUUCACCUUUACAGUCUCUGCGCUACAAGUAGUAUUAAAGGAACGUGCAAGACCCUAG